UGUGUGUGUGUGUGUGUGUGUGUGUGUGUGUUACAGGAAGUAUGAUAAAGAAGGAAUUUCUACUAAUUAGGGCCGAAAAUAAAUAAUCAUUUAUUUUUAAUUGAUGAUCAAUUUAUUUGCAAUUAAUAUGUAACUCAUCGACAAUGUAAUACUGGAAACAAAAGUACUUACAGCAGUGAGCACAUUUGAAGUCAGACACAGAAGAGCAACCUUCAAAUGAACAAAUAUCCAAGUUAUCAAAGUGAAAACAAAAGUCUACCGGAGUGUAAAAUUUUCCAGAUCGCAUCAAUGUGUAAGCGGACUUGUAGAAGGCAUACAUGAUCAUGUUUUGGAAUCGUUGAAACUGAAAAUGAACAAAAGCUUGCAACUUCAAAUAAUUGGAUUGUUGAAAAAAAAUUAUAUAUAUAUUUUUUUAUAUGUAAACGUGUAUUAAUAACACCAAAGCACAAAAAUAUAAAAAAAAAUUUUUGUGUAAACCUGUAAAUUAUUAUUAAUAAUUUUGUCGACGUAAAAAUUCAAGUUUUGUCACGUGAUUAUGAAACGCUACGCGAUUGGCGUACGGGCUCGUGACGUCACGAUGUUACAUGGUCACGCCGCGAAGACUGGAUACGAUGUGUAUAAAAUAAGCUCUCCGAAACGACUUAUAAUAAAUUUGAUCAUUUAGCCGAAUUUCAACGGAGAAUGUGUGAACAAGGCUUCGUGAAAGCAAAUAGCAAUAAUUUGCCGCAAAUUAACAUGUUUGCGGUGUUAGAAUUUCUCAAAGAUGAUGAUCGUUUCAAUGCUCCAGAAAUACGUUGUGCCAAAGCUUCAUUGAACUGUCGUGAGAGCUAUGGAGAUGCAGCUGUAGGUUAUGUCCAAGUAAAACGUGAAGGAGACCUCUGCAUUGUGAAAUGUCGAGUAUGUCCUGAACAUAGGGUUCGGAGCAAAGCAUAUUCAACAACAUUAAUCAUUAAUGAAGCAACAGAGAAAAUCAUAGACGUUCAGUGUCAUGAUUGCGCAGCAGCAACAGGUGGAUGUAAACAUGCUUUAGCAGUUGUCAUGUGGGUACAUCGAAGGAGCGAAGACCCUGCGCCUACAGAAAUAGCAUGCUAUUGGAAAAAAUCUCGUUUGUCAGGUGUAGGAACGGCACUCAAAUAUGUCGAAGUCAAAGAUUUAGGCAUUCAGAAAGUACAUAAACUAAAACGAACAUCCAUUCCCGAUAAUAGCACUUUCUUACACGACGUUCUAGAACUGGCAGAAAGUAAACAAAUUGACUGUCAAAUUUCACGACUACAGGUUGACUUGAAAUGUCUGAAAACAAAUAAUUUAUCGUUGCACAGACUCCUUUUAAAAUUUCACUUAAAUGGAGGUCUGAUAUCAGGAAAUUUUCUUACUUUUGCCAGUUCUGAGAUGACUCAAGUCUUAUGCGAUGAAGCUGAAAAAUUGACACGAAACCAGAGUGAUUGCCCACUGUGAUACGAACUCCGAUACGGGAGAAUUACAGCUUCUAAGCUGUACGAAGCAGCACAUUGUACAACAGAUAGUGGGUCGUUUGUUAAACAGGUAACAGGGGCGAGUAAGGUGCAUGAAACAAGUGCAAUGUUACGAGGAAAGGACUUGGAAAAACUGGUGCUGAUAAAAGUAGAGCGCGAACUAGAUACACGAAUUAAGAGUGCUGGACUGUAUCUAUCACCAAAUUAUCCAGCUCUUGGUGCAUCACCUGAUGGUAUGACCAACGAAUACAUUGUAGAAAUAAAAUGUCCUUCGAAUGAAAAAGCGUUGGAAAGAUUCUUGUCGAAAGAUAAAAUUAUCAAUCCUAAGUGCGUAGCACAAAUGCAAUUACAAAUGUUAGCUACAGGAAAGAAAAAAGGAUUAUUUUGUGUGGCUGAUUCGGCCUUUGAAAAUACAAAAAAAGUGCACAUGCAGUGGCUUGCAUACGAUGUAGAAGUAGCACAGGAUUUAGUCAAAAAGGCAAUGCUGUUUUGGGAAAGAAAUAUAUUUCCAUUGUUAUUAUCUUCUGUACAGAAGUAAGGUAUUAAUGUAUAAAACUGUAUAUGUAACAAAAUAUAUAAUAUAUUCAGAAUUAUUACCCACUUGUCAUACUAUUUUUUUAUUAUUGGUGAAUGUAAAUUUAUUAACGCCGAGGCAAUCACGAUAAUGUCAUCAGUGUAAGAUAACAUACUAUGGUUUAUAACA